AAUCGAUAUGCUUCUGUCAUAUAUUGUGACCAGGAUGUCACCUGGAGCGGCUGGUAUCGGUUCUUCAUUAACAACAUUAGCACUCAUAUCCCAGACACAUGUGUUGACACCUAUAGCUGUGGCACAAAUCUCCCAAUGUGGAUUAAUGGUAGAUACCCAAUAUAUAAGGAUGGAAUCGUCUCUAUGCAAGUCUGCACUUCCUGGAGCAAUAACUGCUGCUUUCAUACGCAUAACAUUAGAGUCAUAGCCUGCCGGGACAAUUAUUAUGUCUAUGAGUUGGUUCGUCCAUAUGGCUGUCAUUUUGCAUACUGUGCAGGUAAUUAUAUUCACUCAAGCUCUUUGUUUUAUUUGUGUCUUUGUUCACUGGUAUUCAUCAGUCAAUAUUGUUUCAGUCCCUCCUAACAUCAGCAGCAUUACUACAGUCGCACCAGAGACGAGCUCAGCUGUAAUAAAUAUAACACUGCAAGAAGGAUGCACUAGUCAGACCUCUGGAGGAUGUUUACAAAACCUUCUUGAGCAGAUCGAGAAUAUUACAGCUCAAGUGCUUCCUUUGAGUACUGUGACAAACAUUUUAAUGAUGGCCUUCAAUGCUUCAGAAAAUAUUUUAGAGUCAUCAUCAUCAGCAAACCCAGCUGAACUAGCCUCCUAUGGAAACCUUGUGUUAAAAAGCAGCGAGAGACUCAUUUCAACAUUAGUGAAGCAGACCGACACAAAUGACAGUGUCAGUUUUACUCUUGCUGCUGUGGAGGGUCAAGUCUUUAUGGUUGGACCACAGGUCCCCUUUGAGAAAAUCCCUCGACUUGACACAACAAAUUCUUCUAUGGACAUCGAUCUCAUUGGGAUCGCCAAGAACAGCAAAGAAAGAUCAGCUGCAGUGGCUUUCAUGAGCUACAACACAAUGGAGAAUCUACUGAAGCCAGACUUCUUCAACACAUCAUCUGACACGGUUAAAACCAUGAUGUCCACUGUGAUCUCAGCUACUCUUCCCAAAACCACCAACACUGAGCUCACCAAACCAGUCAACUUCACUCUCAAACACAUCAGAGACUUUGAUCCCAGCGGUUCUCUGUCCUGUGUGUACUGGAAUAUCAGCGAGUGGAUCGUAGAUGGUUGUUCUGUUUUAAAGACCAACAGCAGCUACACUGUGUGUUCCUGUGUUCACCUCUCAACAUUUGCUCUCAUCAUGCAAACCAGCCGCCCAGCAGAGAGUGACUCACGGUUGGAUCUGUUGAAUUUGGUGUGUGUGAUCGUGGGGCUGGUGUUCUUCAGUUUGGCUCUGUUGACCUUUGCCCUUUGUCAGUGGAGUUCUGGAGUAAAUAAUGUGGCUCGAAUCAACAUCUGCAUCAGUCUUCUGCUGGCUCACCUUCUGUUCCUGCUCACACAGAGGUUCUUGAGCCUUAUACGGCCUCAGCAGGUGUUGUGUGCCAUGAUCUCGGGUCUUCUGCACUUCCUCUUUCUCUCCGGCUUUGUGUGGAUGUUCAUUGAAGCUGCGCUGCUCUUCAUCUGUGUGAAGAACCUAUCACAGAUCAGCUCCAAAGAUAGGGAGGUGCUUAGCAGUGGAUUCCUGUGUGUGAUUGGAUAUGUAUUCGCUCUGGUUGUGGUGUGUGUGUCUGUCGGUGUGGUUCCAGAAGGCUAUGGCAGUGAACACUGCUGGAUUAAAAUGGAUAAAGGCUUUAUCUGGAGUUUUCUGGGUCCUGUUUGUGUCAUACUAGUGGUGUAA